UAACGGCCUAGGCAGACACAGCGUUACUCCCCCGGGUCACAGCUCCCUGCCAGCACUACCCCCUCAGCCGGGCUCCCUCUCCCUGCCAGCACUACCCCCUCAGCCAGUCACAGCUCCCUGCCAGCACUACCCCCUCAGCCAGUAACAGCUCCCUGUCAGCACUACCCCCUCAGCCAGUCACAGCUCCCUGUCAGCACUACCCCCUCAGCCAGUCACAGCUCCCUGUCAGCACUACCCCCUCAGCCAGUCACAGCUCCCUGUCAGCACUACCCCCUCAGCCAGUCACAGCUCCCUGCCAGCACUACCCCCUCAGCCAGUCACAGCUCCCUGUCAGCACUACCCCCUCAGCCAGUCACAGCUCCCUGUCAGCACUACCCCCUCAUCCGGGCUCCCUGUCAGUACUACCCCCUCAGCCAGUCACAGCUCCCUGUCAGUACUACCCUCUCAGCCGGGUCACAGCUCUCUGUCAGCACUACCCCCUCAGCCGGGUCACAGCUCUCUGUCAGCACUACCCCCUCAGCCGGGUCACAGCUCUCUGUCAGCACUACCCUCUCAGCUGGGUCACAGCUCGCUGUCAGCACUACCCUCUCAGCUGGGUCACAGCUCUCUGUCAGCACUACCCUCUCAGCUGGGUCACAGCUCUCUGUCAGCACUCCCCUCUCAGCUGGGUCACAGCUCGCUGUCAGCACUACCCUCUCAGCUGGGUCACAGCUCGCUGUCAGCACUACCCUCUCAGCUGGGUCACAGCUCGCUGUCAGCACUACCCUCUCAGCUGGGUCACAGCUCUCUGUCAGCACUACCCUCUCAGCUGGGUCACAGCUCUCUGUCAGCACUACCCUCUCAGCUGGGUCACAGCUCUCUGUCAGCACUCCCCUCUCAGCUGGGUCACAGCUCUCUGUCAGCACUACCCUCUCAGCUGGGUCACAGCUCCCUGUCAGUACUACCCCCUCAGCUGGGUCACAGUUCUGUCAGUACUACCCCUUCUGCUGGAUCAUAGCUCUCUGUCAGUACUACCCCUUUGCAAUGAUGGCCUGCUGCGGGUCCCGGGCGGUACGGCUGGCUGUGCUGCUGGCGGUUCUGGCAGUUAUUAUCCAGUUACUGCGGGGCUGGAUCAACAGCAAGAACUACACCUUCACCAAGGAGGAGAUAGCUGGUCUGGCCAAGGAGUAUUCAGGUCUAGAUUAUGAAGUCGCUUUUUCCAAAAUCAUCAUUGAGCUGAGAAAGAAGCACCCGGGGCACAUACUGCCAGAUGAGGACCUCCAGUGGGUGUUUGUCAACGCUGGCGGAUGGAUGGGUUCCAUGUGUCUCCUUCACGCAUCUCUCACAGAGUAUGUGCUGCUCUUCGGGACGGCUAUAGAUACCAGCGGACACUCGGGCAGGUACUGGGCAGAAAUCUCCGAUACCAUCCUCUCAGGAACUUUCCGGCAAUGGAAGGAAGGAACAACGAAGAGUGAGAUCUUUUACCCAGGAGACACCAUUGUCCAUGAGGUCGGCGAAGCCACGUCCGUGCAGUGGAGUGCUGGAACUUGGAUGGUGGAGUACGGCCGUGGAUUCAUACCUUCCACCUUGGGUUUUGCUCUGGCUGACACCCUUUUCAGCACCCAGGAUUUUUUAACCUUCUUCUACACAAUCCGGGUGUACACCAAGGGGCUUCUGCUGGAGACCCAGACCUAUCUGUCAGAGCUGGGCUUUUUUUAACAUGGGCUCCAUGUAAACGUGUAUUCCAUGCCAAAGGCAACUUCACUCUUCAUUAGCUGAGCAGACACUGGGGGUUAACAGUGGCUUCUGCUACUGCUGACAUCUGCACACGGAGCCACAAACCGAAUGAAAAGGUUAAGCUUUAUAAGCCUUAAACCAUCACCUAACAGUAACUUUUACCUUCGAACGGCCUGGAUUGGCUCUUAUACCACUUGACAUUUUGAAGGAAUAAUCAGGGUUUGAGCUGGUGUAAAUCUAGGGAUAUAAGCACGCUGGGUUUUAUAGUUUCUAUACGUACAGAUCAUUGUAAUUAGUCUUUACUCUGAACACAUUGUUACCAUGUCUCAUUGCUGAUUAACGGUCCCAUAAGUAAUACCUUAUGUCAUGCAAUAAAUAACCCUGCCCCCUAACUCCACUAAAUGUUUGGUAAGAUCAGUCUGUAUGAACCACAUUAAGUGGGAUUGUAUAAAUCAAAAUAAUGAAAGCUCUGUAUGCGAGAAUCUGCUUCCAAUAUUUUACUUUAAUCAAUAGAACAUUGGACGUUUUACAGUGAUUCAGAAUCUGACCACGUCGGCCACCUUAUGGUGAAUGUUGGGAUAGUAACCAUGCUGCUGUGAUUAUUGUAAAGUUGGGAAACGGAUCUAAAAGGGUCAGAAUAUUGCAGAGCGAAGCAUGUUAAAUCAUCAUAAAAUGUUUCUAGAUACAGCCUAGAACGUUCUCUGCUUUCUCUUGAUUGACACCUUUUCUAACAAUAAUUCAGACACAGAAUUGCCAUCGUUGGUGACUUACGUUCUGGAAUGGUCGGGAUGAAACCACUAAUUCUGAGCCGAGAUUCCUGAUGGCAUUUCCUAUCUAUGUAAAACGGUCCAUAUAUUUAUGCAAUAUGAAUGGGCAUCGUUCAGAUCUUACUAACAAGCCAUUCUAAUGAAUUCUGCAAUCUUGGUUUUAAAUGACAUUUACACAACACUAUGAAAUGUAGAAUGUGUUUGAGCAUGGUAAGUGUUAGGAUUCAGACUAGUUGCUAAAGGAUGUUUGGCCCUGUGGCCCUUGGCAAUCACACAAGCAAGCUUUUGCUGUAACACUAGUUUACUCAGUGGGGUACGGCUGCAAACUACAUGCCAAAUAUUAAACGAAAGAAAGAAAGGCAGGCAUGCAGAGAAUUAUAAACCGCAGGUUACAAAUAGCUCCAAUCUUUUCCAACAUGGUUUGGCUCUUCUCUCAAUUCUCCAUAAUACCUGUCUAGUAGUAUAUGUCUUAAUACUACUAGACUCGCACAAUGUUGGAAAAUAUCGGAGCUAUUUGUAACCUGUGAUUUAAUUCUGUUGGAAUUAGAUCUGAUCUAUUUAUAACCUGCGUCUUAAUUCUGGGUUUUGAGGGGUUGCGAGGGAUAUACAGAGGGUGAAAAACCUGAAACCGUUUAAUAACAAAUUGCAUUUAAGUGAGAACCCGCCCUUAUGCAAUAUUUCCAUCUCCUUAACAAAGCUCAUACUUCUCUAUUAAACCAAGAGGUUUGUUCAGUAACGGGUUAUGGUAACUGCUUUCUGAACUUUAAAGCAGUCGGCUAGUUUUUUUCAUUUAUAUUCUGCCCGUUGUCCUCUGUUCUGCGUAUCCACCUUUCACUGUAGUCUGGUUUUCUAGAAAAGGUUAAUGACUUGUAGCAUACAGCUUCUUGCUUCAAACCUUAUUUCUCAUCUUCAUACAAAUAAUUUUUGGGAAAUGGCUUUAUUUAUUUUUUGUCUGGGCAUAUAACAUGGCCCCUCCAGACCCUAUAAACCAUAUUUUGUCACACAGGUUUGUGUUUUUAUAAGACGCAGGCCUGGUGACAUAAUGAUUUCAGUGACCUGUUGUUCAGGGUUAAUAUGAAGGCUCUUAUAGCCACUUUACUGGGAAAGCCGUGUCACUACAGAAAAUGACUUAUUACUGGCAGCUGGCUGCAGCCUCCUCCAGUGACUGAAAUAGCACAGGGACCCAAAGGUUCCUACAGGAGCAUGAGUAAGGGUCACUGAUCAGAUGCCUUGUCUGUUUCCAGAGGGAGGAAACCAUGAGUGAAAGACACCCUAUAUACCUUUCUUUAAAGGGUUACUAUAACCUUACCGUUGGAACAUCGGUCCCCCCUCUUAAUUUGUUGUAAAACCUUCAAAACUCCAGGUUGCGGCAGCUCCUGAAUUUUCCACGCACCCUCAUGACAUCAGAGGGCCUGUGCUCAGAGCGGGAGCGAAGGUUAUUAAAAAAACAAUGUGGAACGGAGGAAAGAGCUCUGCCUGCAAGUGGAAGACUAGAGCGGCGGCAGCAUGCAGUGCGUGCUGGCAACAGACAUAUAUUUUAGGCACAGAAUUGACAUUCGGCGGUACGGAGCAGAGUUGUGUGCUGGGGGUGCAACUAACCCCAGCACACAAUUCCAAAUCUCUAACUAUGUGCAGUGCUUCAAGCUGAAACCUUGACAAUGACCACUUUAAAUCACUCUAGUAGUCAUGUUGAUUGGAGUAAUCCGUUGUGGGGCUCAUUAUGCAAAACAAACUACGGCAUGGAGUGAGUGUGAUAUUACCCUGAUGAAUUUCCAGUCGUCUGCCAGACUUGCUGGCUUUUUCUGCAGAUUGUCCCAUGUGAGAUCAGCACUCAUAUUCUACAACACGACUGUAACGGUGUGCCCUCAUAGUGUUUAGUAAAACCUGAAUCAUCUGCUAGUAGCAGGAAUUGUAACCAAUACAAUAGAAGAACUAGAUAAAGCUAUAAACAAUGAAUAUAAUACAAUAUCUGUCACUACCUAAAUGGAGGAAGGAGAAAUUGGGUGCUAUUGAUCGAUUUCCAUAGUGAUGGCUGCAGUAUCCCACCUCCUCCAUCCCUCAAAACAGCAUGGUGUCUCUACGCAUAGAUUUCCUGGUGUAAUGAGGCAGGGCAGGGCUCUCUGGGAUAUUCCCAGCAUGCACUGCUAGUGGGUCCUCUAAAUCUGUCUAAUAUGCACCUCUAAAACACCCGAAUGUCUCUGUCCCUGUGUUUUAUGUCUGUUUUGUCUCUGUUUUUUUUUUUUUUUUUACAGGAAGAAAAUCCAUAGGUUCUACCUUUUUAAUUCUAUUUUUAAAUCCAAUAAAAUAAAUAUUGAAACUAUC